UUAUUUAUUGAAUUUUAUUUGAUACCAAGGUUUGAUAAUCACCUAAAGCCAUGGAAAAAGAAUUAGAUAGAGUAAUCGAAGAGAUAAUGGCCACGCCGAACGUGAACGGUUGCCUAGUCGCGGACCACCAAGGGCUCUGUUUGGCGUCGAAGGGUGCGGCGCACGUUGACUCGGCGGGCGUAGUCGUGGCGAUAUCGGAGCAGGCCUGCAAGAUACAGCCCAACCUGAAGCCGCCGACCGUCUGUCUGGAGACCGACACCAAACAGUGCCUCAUACAGCGGCACGGGACGAUCACGGGAGCCAUUUUCAAGCAAAAGGCUUAG